AUGGCUGAAUUUAAGGACUGGAAAAAACUCAACAAAACAAUCCAGAUUUUGGAGGCUGCCGAGAAAGGCGGAUAUGGUGUCAUUGCCGCCAUAGCAUACAACAUAGAACAUAUCCUGGGAUUCGUGCGCGCAGCCGAGAAGGCAAAGUCGCCUAUCAUCAUACAGUUCUUUCCUUGGGCCAUCACUUUCUCAGAUGGACUCUUGGUUCGGACUGCGGCCGACGCGGCGAAGCGGGCUUCUGUGCCUGUCGCCAUUCAUCUAGAUCAUGCGCAGGACGAGAACGUGAUCAAGCGAGCGGCCGAUGAUCUACCAUUCGACAGUAUCAUGGUAGAUAUGUCGCACUUUGACAAGGAGGAAAACGUGAAGAAAACCGCUCGAUGGGUGCAAUAUUGUCACGAUCGCCACAUUGCCACCGAGGCAGAGCCGGGCCGGAUCGAGGGUGGUGAGGACGGCGUUAUGGACACGGCUGGCUUGGAGGCUAGCAAAACGACACCUGAAGAGGUUGACGACUUUAUCAACACGGGCGUGGACGCCUUGGCACCGGCUUUUGGCAAUGUGCAUGGUGAAUACGGGCCUCAAGGGCCAGAUCUCGACUUUGUUAGCAUCAAGAACCAGGUUGGAGGCAGAGUCCGCCUAGUGUUGCACGGCACCAAUGGAUUUAGUGCCGAGACCAUGUCUCAAUGCAUUGCCGCUGGUGUUUCCAAGAUCAAUGUCAACAGGUUGGUGCUUGACGACUACUAUGCUCACCUUCGCUCAGAAGUGUGCAACUUGUCGCACACGUCCUUGAUUGAGCAGGGUGUAGACAAGGUGAUAAAGCAGACCAUGCAGUGGAUGGAAAUAUGUGGGUCAGUAGGCAAAGCAACAAUUGAGUGUUGA